AGGAGUGCUGGGGAAAAAUAGGACGGCGCUCCAAUUCACGGUGGAGGUACGCUAAAUAGAAAGCAAAACCUGGCUUGUUUUUUUACGCUAUACCACAAAUUAGCGUAACGCCUUUAUUCAAAAACGCAUCAAGCUUAGCACACGCUACGCAACCAGACAUUUGUACAACAAAAAGCUUUACAGAUCUUCGUUUCGUACGGGUUGUUGCCUGGCUAGCUAGCUCAGUUUUGGAACAUCAAAAGGCUACAUUCUUCCCCAGCUGAGGCAGGGGGCUGCAUAGCUAAGUAAUGCUUCCGAGUUCUCCACGAGAAGAUGGAUGAAAAGUCCACCAACAGCCGACUUCUGAUCGCCCUGGUGAUGGUAGUGCUGUUCGGUAUAAUUGUGCUCCAGUAUGUUUGUCCUAGCUCCGACUGCCAGUUGCUACACCUGGGGUCAUUGUCCAAAUCGAGAGACAGCGCGCCGCAGUCACAAUCUGAAGGAAUCGAUAGUGCUAACGGCGGGACUGCUGGGGAUCCAUACGUCGUUGAGGAUGGUUCUCUAUCACGUUUUGUGCCCCGUUUCAACUUCACAACAAAGGACCUUGAUCGGCUCAUAGACUUUAACAUAAACGGUGAUGAUGUUAUUGUUUUUCUGCACAUUCAAAAGACUGGCGGUACAACCUUCGGGCGUCAUCUGGUCCGCAACAUUCACUUGGAGAGGCCGUGUGAAUGUCAUGCUGGUCAGAAGAAAUGUACCUGUUACCGACCAGGCAAGAAGGAGACAUGGCUUUUCUCCAGGUUUUCAACCGGCUGGAGCUGUGGCCUGCAUGCCGACUGGACAGAACUGACCAACUGUGUACCCGCUAAGAUGAGCGUUCGAGAGCCGCCUGAAACACAAAAGCUACCACGCAGGAACUACCACUACAUCACCAUCCUGAGGGACCCGGUGUGGCGCUACCUCAGUGAGUGGCGUCACGUGCAGCGCGGUGCCACCUGGAAGGCCUCGGUGCACAGGUGUGACGGACGCGCCCCAACGCUGGCAGAGCUGCCCAGCUGCUACAGUGGCGACGACUGGUCUGGCUGCUCCCUGGAAGAGUUCAUGGCCUGCCCCUACAACCUGGCCAACAACCGGCAGACGCGCAUGCUAGCCGACCUCAGCCUGGUGGGCUGCUACAACCUGACGGCCAACAGUGAGCACGACCGGGGCAGCCUGCUGCUGGAGAGCGCCAAACGCAACCUGCGCAUCAUGUCCUUCUUCGGCCUGACCGAAUACCAGCGCAAGACGCAGUACCUGUUCGAGCACACCUUUCGGCUCGCGUUCAUCGCCCCCUUCACCCAGCUGAACGGCACGCGUGCUGCCAGCGUGGAGGUGGAUCCCGAGACGCAGCGGCGCAUCCGGCAGCUCAACCAAUGGGACGUGGAGCUGUACGAAUAUGGGCGCGAUCUCUUCCUGCAGCGCUUUCAGUUUGCGCGGCAGCAGGAGCGGCGACAGGCCCGGGAGCGCAGGCAGCAGGCUCGCCGCCGCCUGCGGACUAAAGGCCUGCCCUGGCUGGGGACGGGGGGAGCGGUGGCGGCGAAGCCCACUGAGAGCGCACAAGGACCAGGGAAGCUGCAGACGCCCGAGGGGGGGGUAUCGCACCCGAACCAAAAUCAACCGCUAUCUGAGUGGAAGCUGGACGACCAAAACACAGAGUCAUGGGAGGAAAGCGAUGCCCAGGCUGAGGAUGGCGAUGCCCAGGCUGAGGAUGGCGAUGCCCAGGCUGAGGAGGGCGAUGCCCAGGCUGAGGAUGCCUGGUGGGACGUGGAGGAAAAUGACUCCAUUGAGGACUACAUGGAAAAUGUAGAGCAGUGGUGAACACAGAAGGAUCAUGGAAGAGUGGUAUCCAAUGGACAGCCAACUCACUCCAUCUGCUUUUGACCACUGGGAACUCAAUCACAUAAACCAACUACUAUUGUAGCCUUUUACAACAUGAGAUAUCAUGAUCUGCUACAGUUUGCACACACUAUGUUCUUAUAUUGUAAUUUGUUAUCUAUGUCAAAGAACAAGUUGAAGUUGUAUAAUGUACACUACAAUGUAAUGUAUAAUGUAACUAACUUAAAACCUCUCUCCUCAAUCGGUGUGUACCACAAUCAGACCCCCCCCCUCCCCCCUCACACACACACACACACACACACACACACACACACCUACACAAACACAAACACACACACAAACACACACACAGAAUGUUCCUAUUGUGCUCCUGGACUGUAAUAAUAAGGAACUGUUACUAUAAGCUUUCUUUUUUUAUACUAAAUCAAAAUGCCUUGAUUGUUGGGAUGUUUUUAUAUGUUUUGUCCAAUGUCAUAAUUUUGAUUUAUUUUGUUCUACUGAGUUAUACUGAACUACGCAUUUCAAUUUUUGCCAUUUACAGUUCAUUGUAUUUGCUCCUGACAAUAGACUGAAAAAGAACAAGGAAUGUGAUGGAAAAUAAAUAAUGUUUGUUUCCCAAAAA